UCUCCUAAAGCACAAACUGCUGGAAGUACUUUGGGCUAGUAAAAUUUGGCCAUCAGUGAUUUGUUGUACCACAGUGAUUCUUCUGGGAAAGACAACAAAAGUCUUCAUGGGAGAGGCCAGAACAUGUGGAAGGUGAAACUGAGGUUUCCAAGGACAGGAUAGUCUGGAAAAAUGCCUUGGUGCUGCUGGAGGAACCCAGGAUCAUCUUUGCCGGGGGAAUGAAGGCUUUCCCUUCGAAAGUUUGGAGAGACUUUUCGAUUUCCCAUCAUUUCAGGCUUUCAGUAGCUGCAAAGCUCUGUGAAGACCCGGGAGAGGCAGCAGCCAUGAAGAUCCUGUUCCUGCUCUUCCCCCUCAUCCUCCUGUUGGUCCAGGGCGCUGCGGGAAGUCCAGCUCGAUGCAGGCGCCGAGGAGGAUUCUGCAGCUUUGAUGGCUGCAGCUCGUCCUCAAAACCUAUUGGAAGAUGUUCGGCAGUCAGUGUGUGCUGCAAAAGUCGCUGGGUUUGAAGCCUGGAAAUUCCUGAGAAGAACAUCCCCUCACUUCUGGCUCCUGGACCCAUCUGCUGAUGUCCCCAUCUGCUGAUGUCCCCUCCCGUCCCUGCUGUGCCCUGCCCAGCUGGGCUGACAGCAGCAGUGGCAGCUGCUCCUGCUGGCUGCUGCUGGGCUGGAGCCCUGUGGUGCCAGCCCCGGUGUCUUUGGGGCAGGGGCUGCUUUUCCCGGCUUGAAUAAAGACGAGCACUUUGGCAUUGCA